AUGAAGUACAUCGUCGCCCUUGGACUCAUCUCCGGCCUCGCCGCCGCCCAGUCGGCCACCGUCUCCGCCCCAUCCUCCAACUCAACCAGUCUAGCCGGCCUCAUCGCCCAACUCCCCAGCUGCGCCGUUGGCUGCCUCGCCACCGCCGCCAGCGACAUUGGCUGCGCCGCGACAGACUUCACCUGCCUAUGCGCCAGCCAGGACAAGCUCGUCUCCAGCCUCACGCCCUGCGUCCUCACGGCGGGCUGUUCCACCAACGACAUCGCCGAGGCUGCAAAGGUCGCACCGUCCAUCUGCGCAGAAGUUCAGAGCAACCCGGCCGCAUCCGACCUCGCCUCGGCGUCGAAACUCGUCACCGGCGCCCUCGGCACCGCGACCGCUACCGCUAGCAGCUCCGCAUCUGCCACCCCGACACCCGCCGCCGCCGCACGGUUGACUAACGCGUACUACGGCAUGCUCGGCGCCGUUGCCAUCGCUGCUGCUGCUUUGUAA